CCCCGUGCCGACCCGCCCCCGAGAGGAGGGGCCGGGCGGGGGCGCCGCGGCGGCGGGGCCGGGCGGCGGUGGGGGCGCGGCACCAUAAAAGGCCCCGCGUACGGCUGGGCCCAGCAUCGCCGUGAGAGCCGGACCCGCAGCGACUGCAACUCAAGAUGUCUAAAAAAAUCCAUGGAGGCUCUGUUGUGGAGAUGCAAGGAGAUGAAAUGACACGGGUCAUCUGGGAACUGAUUAAAGAAAAGCUGAUUUUUCCUUAUGUAGACCUGGAUUUGCACAGCUAUGACUUGGGUAUUGAGUAUCGUGAUGCUACAGAUGAUAAAAUAACUGUGGAAGCUGCUGAAGCCAUAAAGAAAUACAACGUUGGCAUAAAGUGUGCAACCAUCACUCCUGAUGAGAAAAGAGUGGAGGAGUUCAAGUUAAAGCAGAUGUGGAAGUCUCCCAAUGGGACAAUUAGAAACAUCCUAGGUGGCACUGUCUUCAGGGAGGCUAUUAUCUGCAAGAACAUUCCCCGGCUGGUGUCUGGAUGGGUGAAACCCAUAGUCAUUGGCCGUCAUGCUUAUGGUGAUCAAUACAGAGCAACUGAUUUUGUGGUACCUGGGCCUGGAAAAGUAGAGAUGACCUACACUCCAAAAGAUGGAGGCAAACCAGUCACAUAUCUGGUCCAUAACUUUGAAAGCUGUGGUGGUGUAGCCAUGGGAAUGUACAACCUUGACCAGUCUAUCAAGGAUUUUGCCCACAGUUCCUUCCAAAUGGCACUGUCUAAAGGCUGGCCCCUCUACAUGAGCACCAAGAACACCAUCCUGAAGAGAUAUGAUGGCCGCUUUAAAGACAUCUUCCAAGAGAUCUAUGAUAGAGAAUACAAGUCCCAGUUUGAAGCCAAAAAGAUCUGGUAUGAGCAUAGGCUCAUUGAUGAUAUGGUUGCUCAGGCCCUGAAAUCUGAAGGAGGCUUUGUCUGGGCCUGCAAGAACUACGAUGGGGAUGUGCAGUCUGACUCUGUUGCGCAAGGCUAUGGCUCUCUGGGGAUGAUGACCAGUGUGCUGAUCUGCCCUGACGGCAAGACAGUUGAAGCAGAAGCUGCUCAUGGCACAGUUACUCGUCACUACCGCAUGCACCAGAAAGGCCAAGAAACCUCCACUAACCCCAUUGCCUCCAUCUUCGCGUGGACAAGAGGACUAGCUCACAGAGCUAAACUGGACAACAACACUAGCCUCAAGAACUUUGCAGUUGCCCUGGAAGAAGUCUGCAUUGAGACCAUUGAAUCUGGCUUCAUGACAAAGGACCUUGCUGCCUGUAUCAAAGGCCUACCUAAUGUCACACGCUCUGACUACCUGAACACCUUUGAGUUCAUGGACAAGCUUGCUGAAAACUUGAAGGGGAAGCUAGCCUCUCUGCCCAAACUUUAAGGCACGGGCUCUACUCAAGCUCCACUAGCAAAGCGUCUCCCAGUUACACCAGAGCAUAAGCGGCACUGUAUCACACUCUGUGUAACAUUUCAAAUACUAGACAAAAAUGAACGUGUAUGCUUUUUUAAAUGUCUAAAAGACCAUGUUUUCUUAAACCCCUUGAGCAGCUGGGCUAGGCCUUACUUUUGAUAAGCAGCUGAAUGCAAUAGUGUUCAAGCUCAACAUGGGUCUAGGUUCCUAAUGUCAGUCAUAGCAGACCUGAAAUUUCUCUCCAUUACUUUAUGAUCUGUAUUUCUUUUCUCUCUGCUUCUCAGCCUGAAAGCCAGUCUGUGUCACAGCUCUGGUCAAACCAGUGGUGAUUUACUGUCCAACAGACCUUAGAAAUCAGAACCGUCCUCAUCUCUCCAGUACUGUCCACGAAGUAUAAGUGAGCUCACAGGGCUAUGCCAGCUCUAUUGCAGCCCCUCUUUUACUCAUUUUACCUGUUAGUGCCAACCAGAGCAUAGUAUCCUGAUACUAAGGGAUUUGGUCCCAUUGCUACUGUCAGGACUGUAGCACUUGAGAAGCAGCACUUACUUAGUAAAUGCUGGAAACAAGCCCUAUAGGCUAAGAGCCUAACCAAACCAUGCUGCAGUGUCUAAAUGCAAGCCAUGCAUUUAGUUAUAUUCCUUCUGACUGGAUGUGAAGCAUUGGAACUGUUACCUCUUCUGCUGCCCCGCAAUUCAUAAAGGUGCAAACUUUUUUCCAGUUGUCUGGGCUAUUACUACUUACCUUUCCUGUUGUGAUACAGCAAGUCAGAUUAUGACUGUGAAAAACUAUUCCAUCCAUGGUUUUGUUUGGUUUGUUUUUUGUUUUUUUUUUUUUAAAGAACAUUUUAGUUCAGACUAAAAUAAAAGCCACCUAAACACUA